AUGCCAAAGUACACCGACUCGGCCCACGACACGAGCCCACCAGCGGCGCCAUCCGCAGCCUCGACCACCGCUGCUGCCGGUGCAUCCACGCCCGCGCCCGCCGCACGCAGCCGCCGCCCAGAGCUGCGUUCCCGACGCGGCUGCCUCACCUGCAAGCAGCGGCGCAAAAAGUGCGACGAAGACUUCAAGACCAGGGCAAACGGCGCCGUAGCCUGCACCCGCUGCAGCGAACGCAAGCUCGAAUGCGUGCCGCCAAACAGCGCUGCUGCCGCCAACAGUAGCGGUGGCUCCAGCAACAUCGCCGGGCGUAUUGGUGCACCAAACGGCGGCGGCGGGGGGGACGACCUCACCUCAGCAUCCUCGAUACGUCCCGCAGUCGCAUCAAGCUCUCGGGCGGCCCCACCGCAAGGCUCGACGCUCCUCGGCGCACAGCAGCACCAGCACCAGCAACACCAGGCCCGCUCGCCGCUCUCGCAGCAGUCCUACCCCUCGCCCUCGCCGCACCAGCAGCCUCCACAGCAACAGCAGCAGCAGCAGCCGCAGACGCCCUAUGCCCACCAGCAGCAUCCGUCACUCCACCACGUUGCAUGGAAUCUCGGAUCGCUCGGCAAUGGCGCCGCGGCCUACAGUGCCCACUUCCCCUUCCUCGGCGUCACCAACCAGCCGCAGCUGUUUGGCGCACCGCAGAACAACGGCGGCUACGGCUCGCUGCCUCGCACAUCUGCCCGCUUCAACCAGGGCAGCGCCGCCACGCCGCCGUGGCAGGGCGGCUUCCAGGACGCCGGCAUGGGCCAGGCGCCCGGCCAGAUGUCGCUCGCAGGCCAGCAGCUGGGCGCCAUGCAGAGCGCCGACUUCUCGGCUGCUGCCGCCGCGGGGGCGCUGCCGCAGAACGGCAACCCGUCGGCCAUGGCCGCCCAGUUCAUCCCGAGCGUCGGAGCCAACGACCUCGACAACAUGAUGCUCGACGACUUUGUCCAGGAGCUCAUGAGCCUGGCCGACCCGGCCUCGGGCGCCGAUGGCGGCCCGUACUUUGGCACCGCGACCAACUCGAGCCCGGCGACCCGCCGCAAUGCCUCUUCGACGCCUGGACAUCCGCCCGCGCCAGGCUCGGUGGCGGCCUCGUCGAUCGCCAGCGCCGAUGCUCCGAUGCCGGACCACAACGGCGUCGCAGCAACGCACGGUGCCGGCAGCUCGCGGUCCGACCCGACGUCGUCGUCGCUCGCUGGGGCCAGGGCAAAGGACGGCACGGGCGAGAGGAGCAGGUUCACGUCGCUCGAGGCCGGAAAAGCGCAGAGCCGGUACUCCAAGUUCCUCGACUCGAACGCAAUGGAGCCACUGCUGAAAAAGUACAGCCCGAUCUACGAGCGCUUCUGGUACUCGACGCUGAUGCUGAGCGAGGUCGACAAGCGCAAGGCCAUCAUCGACCAUCUGAUGGGCGUCGUCCACUCGCACAAGACGUGCCAGGCGUCGACGGUCGCCGUCUGCCUCGCCUACCACGACCUGGUCCAGCGCAUCCGGCAGGAAGAAAAGGCGGCGGCGCAGCGCAAGCUGGCCCAGGAGUCGUCCAGCGAGGACGCCCUCAAGUCGUUUGGCAUCGGCGCGGGCCCCACGUUCUCCACGCUCGCCUCGCACGGGCUCGGCGACAAGGACGAGUCCAAGGACAAGCUGCACGCCAACACGCCGGCUCUCAGCCUGCAGCUGCUGCAGAUGUUCCCGGAGAACCUGCGCCAUCACAAGCGGCCGAUGGGCGGCUCGCGGUCCCGCAAGGACGGCGAGGGCGGACAAGGCGACGGCGUCGGCGAGAAGCAUGGCGGCAACGGCGGCGACGACGACGACGACGACGACGGAAGCGACGGCGACCGGGACAGUGAGACGGACGAGAGCGCCGACAGCCUGGGCGGAUCCGAGCCGGACGUGGCCCGCGACGGCGAGAGCGGAUCCCGCACCGCUGCAGUCGCAGACGCGACGAGGACUUCGACGGAUGCGCCAGCAGGAGGUCGGCCCGACAUGCCUUCCUCUCGAGCCAGGCAAAAGAGCGAGUCUGGCGGGUCUUCUUCGGCUGCCGCUGUAGGUGCAGGCAAGCUCGGCGGCAGCAGCGGCAACGGCGGCGGCGGCAGCGCGCACCGAGCGCGCUUCGCCUCUUCGACGAUGGCGGCGAUCCGGUCGCCCGAGGUGUGGUUCGAGCUGGCGCUCGACGCGAUGCGGCGCGAGGUGUCGGACCUGAGCAUCGAGCAGCAGCUGUGCAUCACCAUCAACCUGCGCUGGGCGCUCAUCUGCUUUGGCGGCGCGGUCAAGGCGCGCGAGUUUAUGGACGAGAUCGGCGACGUCAUCGACCGGUCCGGGUACGACCUCAACACGCUCAUCGCGGGCGAGCGGGCGGGCACGCUGGCAUCGACGAUGCUGCAGACGGCCGUCAUCAGCGACGUGCUCGACGCGGCGUGCCGGCGCGGACGGCGGCCGAGGACGAGGCUGAACCGCUCGGCGGGCAUGGUGCGCCAGCCGCCGCCGAAGCAGCACCAGCCCCCGCCGCCCUUCUUUAGCAAGAUCUCGCCGGUGACGUACGAGCUGCUGGGCUGCACGCUCGAGGUGUCCAACCUGGGCGCCGACAUGGUCGAGGGCAAAGUGACGGACCCGGCCGAGAUUGCGCGCAAGAGCAGCGAUCUGGAGGACAAGAUUGCGCGCUGCGCGCCGUGGUGCGACCCCAACGUGAGCGGCAAGAUGCGGAUCAAGCUGUUUGCGCUGCAGGAGAUCUGGCGGCAGACGACGCUCAUCCACCUGUUCCAGACGGUGCACCGCCACGGCCCGCUGUCUGCCAAGCUGCAGGGGGCGCUCGAGGAGAUCAUCGGGCUGGCGACGAUGCUGUCACGAACGACGCGACGGACGGGCGGCGGCGGCAACAACAACAAUGGCGGCGGCGGCCGAUCCGGCGGCGGCGGCGGUGGGAGGGGCGGUGGAACGGUGGUCGGGUUCGCCGACCGCGAUGACGGGUCGCGGCAGGACUUUUGGAUGGAGAUGGCGAGCUGGGAGAUGUGCAUGGUGUGGUUCCUGGCGAGCUCGGUGGCCGUGACGCGCGAGCAGCGCAAGUUUUGCCUGCAGAAGCUCGAGGGCCUCGGCAUGGAAAAGGCCAACCUGGACAACAUCGACGUCAUCCGCAGCCUCUGGCGCCAGGCCGACGAGACGGGCCACACGUGCGACUGGAGGGAUUUCGUCGAGGAGAGCGGCAUGGCCAUCACCUUUAUCUUUUGA